CUCUCUCUCUCUCUCUCUGUGCACCCUCUACCAGAGCACCAAUCACCAUGUCUGUAUCUUCCUCAUCUUCUUCCCCAUUAACGAACCUGAAAAUAGGCAUAGUAGGCUUCGGCAACUUUGGCCAGUUUUUGGCGAAGACCAUGAUCAAACAAGGCCAUACCUUAAGUGCAACUUCUCGAACAGAUUAUUCCGAGCUGUGUCUCAACUUGGGUGUCUCAUUCUUCAGGGAAGUAGAAGCAUUUCUUGAAGCAGAAAACGACGUCAUACUGAUAUGCACAUCAAUCCUAUCCUUCUCGGAGUUUCUCAAGUCAAUGCCACUCCACUGUCUAAAACGACCUACACUCUUUGCUGACGUACUCUCAGUCAAAGAACACCCUAGAGAAGUUCUACAGCAAGUGCUUCCAGAGGAAUCUGAUAUUCUUUGUACUCACCCUAUGUUCGGACCAGAAAGUGGGGAAAAUGGGUGGAAAGAUCUCCCAUUUAUGUAUGACAGAGUUCGGAUAAGAAAUGAAGUCACCUGCUCGAACUUCCUUCAAAUUUUCAAACGAGAGGGUUGCAUUAUGCUGGAAAUGUCUUGUGAGGAACAUGAUAAAAUAGCUGCCAGUAGCCAAUUUAUCACUCACACCAUUGGCAGGAUACUGUCAGAAAUGGAGAUCAAGUCCACUUCCAUCAAUACCAAAGGCUUUGAGACACUGAUUCAAUUGAAAGACAGCACUAUGAAAGAUAGUUUUGAUCUGUAUAGUGGAUUAUUUGUACGAAACAAAUUUUCCAAACGAGAGCUGGAAAAUCUGGAACUCGCUUUCAAGAAGAUCAAGCAGAAGCUGCAAGAUAGGAUGAAUGAGGUAGAAGAUCUGGAUACCAUCUAACAAUAUAACUGUGACAAGAGUUCCUGGAUGAAGAGGAAGAGGAAGGGUGGAAAAACGAUAUAGAAUGCACUUGGUUAACAAAGGUCUAUUGAUGCUGUUUUACCUGUUUCUUUAUAGUUAAAGGAUGGUUUGAAUUGAAGUUAGCUACCAUUUUUUGGGGAACAAUGGACAAAUAAUAAACCAUUUUCCAAAUUGAUAUACGAUCAAAUGAUAUUUUAGAUGAACUCA